GUCAGCCAGCUAUGUCGGCGCUGGUAAAUGUAUGUUCAUUAUUUGAGUAGUCUACAUUUUGUCCCAGAUGGCUCAUAUAUAUAGAUGCAGGGCUCACCAGAUAUUCAUUUUGAGAUAAUGUGAAGUAUCCGCAGCGUGGUCCAUCAGUUUUAAGUUCCACGACCGAGCCAUGGCCUCACUGUCAGAAGAGGUGCUUCUGGUGUUGAAAAAGGUUCGCCAGAAGAAACAGGAUGGCACUCUCUAUUUGAUGGCUGAGCGCGUAGCCUGGAGUGCAGAGGGCAAGGACCGCUUCACCGUCAGCCACCUUUAUGCGGACAUUCGCUGUCAGAAGAUCAGCCCCGAUGGAAAAGCCAAAAUUCAGCUCCAACUGGUUCUUCACUCCGGCGAGAGUACCACAUUCCACUUUUCAAAUGAAAGCACUGCACUCAAAGACCGAGAGGCUGCCAAAGAGCUGCUGCAACAGCUCCUGCCCAAGUUCAAGAAGAAAGCUAACAAAGAACUCGAGGAGAAAAACAGGAUGCUUCAAGAAGAUCCGGUGCUUUUUCAAUUAUAUAAAGAUUUAGUGGUCAGCCAAGUGAUCAGUGCUGAGGAAUUCUGGGCUAACCGAGGAGGACUAAACCAGACAGACCCAGCAGUGUGCAACAAUAAGCAGGAAGUUGGUAUAUCUGGCGCUUUUUUGGCAGACAUUCGGCCUCAAACAGACGGCUGUAACGGCUUGAGAUAUAAUCUGACAGCCGAUAUCAUUGAAUCUAUCUUCAGAACCUAUCCUGCAGUGAAACAAAAGUAUUGUGAAAGUGUGCCUCACAACCUGACGGAGAAGGAGUUCUGGACACGCUUCUUCCAGUCGCAGUAUUUUCACCGAGAUCGCAUCAAUACUGGCACACAGGACAUUUUCACAGAGUGUGCCAAGCUGGACGAAAAAGGGUUAAAGUCAAUGGUGGUGCAAGGAGUAAAGAACCCCCUGGUUGACCUGCAGUCAUUAGAAGAUAAAUCCUUGGAUGAGGGUUACGGUGUCUGCACCUCACUUCCCUCUACUUCCAAUUCAAACAAAACAGUUAAGGAGAGCAGCAACUACGCCAUUAUAAAGCGCUUCAACCAUCACAGUGCCAUGGUGCUGGCAGCAGGCUCACGCAAGGGGGAGAAUGACCAAGGUAGUGAGACGAGCAGCACUGACGGAAACUCGCGGGAUUCAGACCUCUUUCAGCCUCCCAUCAAGAAGGUGAAAUUACAAGAAGCCAUAGAGUAUGAAGAUUUGCAAAGGGAAAACGGACCAAAAGUGGUUGCAUUAAACCUCAAAAAGUCAGACAGGUAUGCUCAUGGUCCUGUGCCUCUUCAGUCCCUAAAGUACACAACGAGCCAAGAAAUCAUCAACUCCGUCAACCACAUCCGGCAUGAGAUGGCCAGUUACAAACCCAACCUAACUCGGGUUUUGACCAGCGCAGUAGCAUCUUCCGCCACUGCAGCACUUUCUCCCGGCGGGCUCCUCAUGCAGGCAGGAUCGCAGCAAGCCAUAAAUCAGAUGGUACCGUCUGACAUCCAAGGGGAACUGAAGCAUAUAUAUAUAGCUGCUGGGGAGUUGUUGAGACACUUCUGGUCCUGUUUUCCUGUAAACACACCAUUUUUGGAGGAGAAGUUGAUUAAAAUGAAGUCCAACCUCGAAAGAUUUCAGACAACCAAGCUUUGUCCUUUUCAAGAGAAGAUUCAGCGUCAGUACUUAAAUAAAAACCUCACAGCACACUUGGAGCAGAUGUUGCAGGCGGCGUACAGCAAGUUCCACGUCUGGCAAACGCGUCGCAUGAUGAGGAAAACCUGAGACCUGACGCUUUGUGGCAAAGGACAAUGAAGACAAAGUGGACAAGGGUGUCCUGUGGAGACCUUCGGCGCCUGCUGAGACGACAGAUCGCAGCCAGAUGGCUUCACGGGAGGCUCGUGAUGAAGAGAUCUAUGGAUCCUGUUGCAUCCGUUGACAUUUAAGAGAGGCAUAUGGCAUUUUAGUCACAAAAACUUGUUUCUUACUCUUUGUGUUGUUUUUACGGAUGAGAUUGGUUUCAGUAAUGGGACUUUUAUAAUGGUACAAUAUGACCAUGUUUCUCAUGGGAAUCAUGUAGGCCCUCAGGAUGACUGCCGACGUGUUUCAUCAGUGCAGAGAGCUCGGACAUACAGGACAGGGAGCCCCUCUGGGAGCAGGACAAUGAAUGAAAAGGUGUUCAAGAUUUAGGGAAUUUAGUAAUAUUCCAAUGACACCUCACACUGGAGUGUGUUGGUGUAUAUGAGGCACACUUCACACUGUCCGGUUCUGUCUGCACUGUACUGUAUAUACAAAAUGUUACUCUGAAUUUAAGAGGUAAAGCGUUUUUGUUGGAAGCUGCAGCCUGAUGAAAGUGCAUGCAUGCAGGUUUGGAUUCAUGCCUUAAUUUCAGGGAGAGAAAUAAACUUAAUCUUA